CCUCUAGAAAAGAUUGCCGCUGUAUGUGUCAAAGCAGGCCGACCUCGCAAGCUGACCAACACUGGCAAGAGCAUGCAAGCCUUGAAGAAAAGCCUAGCUUGGAGGAAGACGGGCGGCUGUCGCACGGUUCUGGUUGCUAGAGGUGCUGCUCAUUAGCAUCUGGGUAAAACUGGCUACUAAUUGUACACUUUUCUCUCUGCUUGCCUGCGUGCAAACGAACAAUUGCCAGAGCUUCCAGUUUCCUCACCAAUUUUUGUGUGUUGGCGAAUAGCAUUGCGGGAAUCAAUUAUGGGGACGCUUUUGGUGGUCGCCUGGCAGCGAUACUUGCAUUCUUUGGGCAAGCGGCCCUUGAUCACGAAGGCGAUAACAUCAGGCACGCUAGCAGCGGUAGCUGAUGUCCUGGCACAGAAGAUGGGGGGCGCAAAGCAUCUGCAGCCCAAGAAGAGUGCCCUCAUGGCGGUUUACGGGCUGUGCUUCGGCGGUCCGACAUACCAUUUUUUCCACAAGAUCAUGGACCGGGUCUUUGGUGCAAAAACGGACCCGUCCACCGUCAUCCAAAAGGUCGUGGUUGAGCAGCUCACCUUUGGCGUCAUGUACAACCUCGCAAUCCUGACGUACCGGGCGUACGUGGUCGAAGGUCUGACCUGGGCCGCGACCAAGGCAAAAGUGCGGAGAGAUUACUGGGGCGUUCAGAAGCAGGGCUGGAAGCUGUGGCCGCUCGUCGCGUUCAUCAACUACAGUUUCCUGCCCCCGCAGCUGCGCGUCCUCUUCGCCAACGUGCUCUCAAUCUUCUGGGUCUGCUUCUUGAUCAUGCGUUCCAAGGUAGCAACGGUCAAAGACCGAUAGGUCCUCCUAAGACCACAGGUCGCAGCAGCGGCGUGGCAUACGUGCCUUUAAGAUACUCGGCCAGAGGGGUGGUGUCGUGGAUCAAGUUGUGCAAGAGUAUCUGAUUAGAUGUGUAUACUUAGAAGUCAAAGGGAAUAGUACUGGACAAGGUGACCGGUGGGCCAAUGUCACUGCACGUUUUAGGGUGAAGUAUAUACGUGACAAUAAGGAGCGGCGUAGGCUCUUAGGUAGAGCCAAUUGUAAGAACGUAGCCAGAUGAUCGUACAUUUUGUGUGUAAUUAGCCCAUAAUCACGCUCUCUAGCCAUCAUUCAUGCAAGUCGUAGCUAGAGGUAGUAUACGCAAAGCUAGCAAAGCUGAAAGACCGAUGCAGGGUAGAGAGCUUAGUUUGACAUUCAACGCUUGUGUUCCUUCGACCAGUCCAACUGAAUGCUUGUGCGCAGUAACAUCAAGACGAAUGAUGUGGGCAAUUCAUGAAGUUGUUUAAGGUCGGAGGUUGUUCGGCGAUCAUGGAUUUUUCGG